UUUGCUCACAAGCACUGGAGGUGCUGCUGGCUUUCUGUCCACAUUUACUGAGGCUGCAGGGCAGAAGUUUAACACCUGUUUUCUCACCGUCUUAGGACUUUCUUCCUGCAUUGUCAUCUUUGCUUUGUCUGUGAUGUUUCACAAGAGAUCUUAAAUGGAAUAACGCUGCCCGUGGAAGUGGGAAAAUAGGGAUAUCUUCUCCGGUUCUACGUCUGCAUCUCUGCUCUCUCAAGUCUUCGAGUGCUCAGCACAGACAGGAUGACAUGGCGUCCUCAGUACCGUAGUUCCAAGUAUCGCCAUGUGUUUGGGAAGCCGGCCACAAAAGAGAACUGCUAUGAUGGUGUCCCCAUCACCCGAAGUGUUCAUGACAAUCACCUCUGCACCGUCAACCCUCGCUUCAUCGCAGUCAUCACUGAAUGCGCAGGGGCCGGGGCUUUCCUGGUGCUGUCCAUCAAUCACACUGGAAAGGUUGACCCUCAUCAUCCGAAGGUUUCUGGUCACAGAGGCAAUGUACUCGACAUCAAAUGGAAUCCCUUUAGUGACUUCUGCAUAGCAUCUUGUUCAGAGGACACCACAGUGAAGAUCUGGGAUAUCCCUGAACAUGGCGUUCUGAAGAACAUCACAGUGCCUCGGAAGGAGCUGCAGGGUCAUUCCCGACGCGUCGGACUCAUUGAAUGGCAUCCCACUGCCAACAACAUCAUUUUCAGUACCGGCUAUGACUAUCAGGUUAUGGUGUGGAAGCUGGAUGUUCCUGAGCAGGUGAUCAAGAACCCUCUGAGGUCCAUCAGUGUGCACUCAGACGUGGUUCUGUCCAUGUCCUUCAACACAGACGGCAGCAGGCUCGCCACAUCUUGCAAGGACAAGAAGAUCAGAGUGAUCGACCCGCGUACUGGCACCCUUUUACAGGAGACCAACUGCAAGUCACACAAAGCCAGUAAAGUGCUAUUUCUUGGAAACCUGAAAAUGCUGCUCUCUACGGGCAAUUCACGCUGGAACCAUCGUCAGAUCGCACUUUGGGAUCAGGAGGACCUCUCUCAGCCGUCUUAUUCAGAGGACCUGGAUGGCUCCUCAGGCGUUCUCUUCCCGUUUUAUGACCCUGACACACACAUGCUUUACAUAGCUGGAAAAGGUGAUGGAAAUAUCAGAUACUAUGAAAUCAGCCCAGAGAAGCCAUAUGUGCAUUAUCUGACUGAAUACCGGUCUCUUUUACCACAAAAGGGAAUGGGUGUCAUGCCAAAGAGAGGUCUUGAUGUGUGUUCCUGUGAAAUCUUCAGAUUCUACAAGCUCGUGACAAUCAAAAGUCUCAUAGAACCUCUGUCCAUGAUCGUUCCGCGAAGGUCAGAGUCCUAUCAAGAGGACAUUUACCCCAUGACAGCAGGGAACAAGCCUUCCAUGACAGCAGAUGAGUGGAUCGGUGGUCUAGACAAAGGUCCUGUGAUGAUGUCUCUGAGGCCUGGAAGUAAACUGGACUCGUACGUGGAACUGGGUUCAGGGAAAGACUCGACUGACUCCACGGAGACGCAGCACUCUCGCAGUCGGCCAGGACUAUCACUGCUGAUUCAGGAACGGCUGGAUGCCAAAGAAGGGAACGCACACAAAGAAUCGCCCCCUACCUCUCUGCUCCUCUCCACAGAUGCAAAGAGCACCUCUACAAGCUACGUCAGCAACGGACAACUAGAUUCCACGCGCUGCUCGCCGCCUAAAACAGAGAAUGAGCUACGACAAAUGUUUUAUAAGCAGCAGGAAGAGAUCCGAAGACUAAAGGAGCAGCUUAACCAGAAGGAUGUGCGGAUAAAACAGUUGGAAUUAGAAAUCAAAAAUGUUAGAAACUCACAAGCUAAUCUUUAAAAGAGACUAUAGUACAUAACACUGUCUCACAGCCUCGUCCGCUUCACUAACAUUCACGUGAAAAUGUUCCGCCUCAUGAAUUAUGCUGUAAAGGUACGGUCCAGUCAUUCCUAGAGGAAUCGGUUCGCUUGGCGGUUGGUCACUCAAAUUUGAGCCAUUGACCAAUGGAAAGCUGCUUGGAUUUGAAGUGACUUCAUUCAUCGCUACACUUUUGACAACGGACAAUAGACCUUUUUGCCCGCGAAAUUUCGCUAAUGUGACCGUGCCUCGAGGAAACACAUGGUCUACAUCCACUUUUAGCGUCUCUUUAUGGAAAGUCAUUCCUUGUAUGCACGUUUUGUGCACAUUAUUUACUGUACAACCUUUGUGGAAAUUUUUUAUUAGACUUUAGCACUAUGCAAGCUUAUGAUCAGAUUUGUUAAAUGUUUGUUUUAUUACUAUUUUAAAAAAAACGGCGUAAAUGAGCAUUUGCGCGUUUCGUUUUAUGAACUGGGUUAUUUGAAAUUUCGCGUGAAUAUAACCGUAAUGAGAUUUCUUUUUCAGAUUCAUUUUCUAUUUAAAUUCCUGUGCUGAUGGAUGAGUGUUGCGGCAUGAAAGUUUGAUCGUAAUUAUGCAAAUGCAACAUUUUUAGAACAAAGGGAGGUACAUUCGAAAACCGUGAGUUCUACACGUGUGCAUUAUCACGUUAUAUUAAAGAGAUUUAGUUUUCUGUGUGUUCAAACAAAUCCCAGCAUGCACUGAAGCGGUAGCACCGUGGGAACUGGCUGGGUUUCCGGCAGGUUUAGGUUCAGUAAUUCCUCUGAAUUUUGUCAUCCACUGACAAGAUCCCAUUCUGCAACAUGCUUGCUAUGAACUGCCAAACUGUUCAAAAUGCAUGUAAGGACCGCCACAUUUUACUGAAUUAUCGUGUUUCACUCAAAAUGGCCAUUUUAAAAAUAGUCGUCCAUUUGGAGCCUUUCACAAAUUUGAACAAGCCAUACUUUUAAACUCUGUUUCUAUAUGGAUACGCACAUGUUAGAAUAUAUAAUCUAAAUAAGAGGUUAAAGAUGCUAUUUUAAGUGUUGUUGCUGAAAUAUUUACUAAAUGUUGUCCAAACAACCUUGAUUGCAUUCCUUUCUUGUUUUUUUUAUCAUAAACUAAAAUAAUUACACUCAUUUUUAGUUAUCAGAUGUGAAAUAGCCAAACAGAGAGACUUUUGGAGAUGCAUACAAAUGAAUGUUUGCUAGAGUGGGUUUCAAUUGUUAACAUUAGUUAAUAUGAACUGACAAUGAGUAAGACUUAUUUAUUUAUGAACCUUUGUGGUAACUUCAACAUUUAAUAUUUAAUACUCAGAAUCAAAAUAUGUAACAUUCGUUAAUGUACUGUGAAGUAAAAUGAAGAACUUCAGCAAGAUACGUUGCUGAAGAGAACAUAUGCUGUUGUGUUACAGAAAAGCAUAAGAUGAUUAAAAAUAUGAACUCUAAAAAAUAAUGUGUCAUGGAUAAAACCUUGAUCUUUACAAGAACGGACAACGUUUUGUUUUGUUUUUUUGCAUGAAAGAGAAUUUGGUUGCUGCCUUCUAGUUAAAUGGGCCACUUUAUUAAAUGAUAAUCAUGAUAAAAUGAUAUUCGUCAUUUCUGGUCAAAGACUGGUCAAGUAUUUUUUGAAGGAAUCCAUAUUUAAGCCUGGAUAUGCCAUUUUCAAUUGUACAUCAUAUUAUACAAAACAUUUGCAUAAAUGAGCACAUGUGUGGAGCACAGGGAGCCACACACACACACACACACACACACACACACACAGCCCUUAGAUGCCUCUUCGAUUCUUUUUUCACAAAUUGCGUGAAUUUCACUGGAUUGUAUCAGCCUCUGUUCCACCUGCCACUCAUAUUUAAAAUAAAUUGAGACUGGUAACCAUUUCCAGACAGUUUGGGUUAUUUAUGCCUGUCUCUCAAACAAACACAGCUUUGACAGACUGGUCAAAAUGGUCAGAAUUAAAAAUAUGCGCAAUGCAAUAUAUGCUAUUUAAAUGCAUGUUGUGUAAAUUGCUAAUCGAUCUUAUUGUAACACUAAGUUCAGACACAAACACAUUUCUUUUAAUUAAACUGAAGAGGUAUUAACAUAGAGAGAAUCUGACAUUAAUAUCCAAGUAUUACUAGAAUCAGAGUAUGAAUUAUACAUGCUUUUGAGGGGGCAAAGUAAAAGGUUAUAGGAGUGAGAAUGUAGAGGUGCAUGUAAAAAUCCAUUCAAAAACAUUCUCAUUGUUAAAUUACUUCAUAGCAUUCACUGUAAUAAGUUCUGGCCCCUUUGGAAGUUUACUCCGGGUCCCAGGGCCCAUGGUCGAGGACCUAGGUAUAAUUUGCAGCCUUGCCAGCUUGUCUGUCUUUAUAAUAACGUGCAGUCCUCACGACUCCUUACAACAAACAGAACAGCCCAUUUUAAAAUGCAAACGCAAUAGUAACAAAUCCUAAAAGCAUAUAAACAAUUUAGUUUACGACAGGUCUAUAUAUAUAUAUAAUUUCUGAUAGGAUGUUAUAAAAGCAUGUAGACAGCAGUUUGACUGUAUGGUGACCCGUAGGAUGUUUGUUCUACGUGAUCCCUGCACACAUAUCUGUGCAACCAGACAGUUAUCAGAAGAUACAGAGCCCUCAUGUUGCUGUGAGAGGAACGCAGCCACUUCUCACCAGUUACACAGAGUCCUUUGGAAUGAAUGUCUUUAAACCUAUAUACUUUAAAUACACAUCAAAACUAAAUCAUAACUUCCCUAAAAGGUUUCACAACUGCUUAACAUUUAGCCGACAAAGCCAUGUAGCCAUUUAAUGGCAAGUUUCUUUUGUGAAAAAUUACCUCACCUGUUACAAAAGACCAUUAUACACAGAACGAAGCGUAUCUUUUACUAAAAGAAUCUGUUAAUAUCUUGGAUAACUUUUUGCUCAAGACCUUCAGGUUUGAGAUUAUGCUGAAACUCACUGAAUCACAUCCUGGGAAAUAUGGCUGUAAAAUUACAAAACCAUAUUUUUGCAAAAUAAAAAAGUUUAAAGUAAUAAAAAAUAUUGUCCAGCUUUUCAGUAAUUUGUUGUGACUACAUGAAAUACGUGAAGAAAUACGAUAUGUAGAACUAUACGAGUUCAUUUAAACUGAUAACAUAUGAACAGCUUCCCCAUGUGUAUACUACUCUUAUGAAUCAUCUGAUCAAAAAUGAACAGAUUUCCCAAACAUGAAUCUUCUGAGAACACUUGUAUGGUCAUUAAUAUAUAAAACAAUACACUGUAGCGCUGCUGUAUUUUGAAAACAUUACAAAUUAUUACUCAAAGCCACGUAGACCCGAGCACUUUUAAGACCCAUAUAUAGAUUUAUCAGUUUAAAACAAUAAGAAUUGAACUUAAGAUUAAAUGAUGAAUAAAAUAAGGCACUGGAACAUAAAACAAGCAGGUUCUGAAAAUGAUCCGCAGGACACACGUGGGUCUCCUAAAUCCUUACCGUCAGAUUUCAAAUAAAUGUUAAGACAAAGGACAGAGAAAUAGGAGAGUGAGCAAAGCACAAAAUGUUAUUUUAUUUACAAAGUUUUUGUCUUACAGAAAGUAAAAAUGUAGCUACAACCUUGAUUUGCGCCACAGGCUGCCACUAAAAUGAUGGCCCGCUUGUCACACAGUUGCUAUAGCAAUCUUAUUGGGAAAUUUGGAACAUAAACUAAAGGGGGAGGAAAUGUCAACAAAAAAAAAAAAAAAAAAAAAAAAAAAGAAAGGAGAAAAAGAACA